GGCCAUCCUUUCCUAUCUGCUGAGUCUUCCCAUUGACGAUAAUCUCAUAGAUAAUGUAUAUACCGUUGGUAUGGACUUCACCGGCCCGAUGGGGUAUAUGUUUGCGGUGAAACGCAUCGAAGAUGUGUAUGUCUCUCGCCGUCUUUCAACGCUUGUAAUACCUACAUAUCUCGAUGAGCUACCUUCAUUCAUUGAUACGCUGGACGGUUGUAUGCUUGGCGACAACACCACUGCAAUCUCAAGGAUAUUGUUCUCCCGGCCAUCCAAAGUCAAAAGCAAGCCGCACAUUUCGCCAACAUCUGCGGGUCUGAUGAUGCCGGUAUUCCCGGAUCACCAAACAUUUACUUGACACCUACCAAAAAAGCUCAUGGCAGAUUGAUUGAUAAUGACAUCAUUGAAAAUGACGAUGGUGAUGACGCUGAGGAAGACUAUGAUAGUGAUUAAUUGUUUUCGCCGGGAAAAUCUUACACGCUCAUUUCUCCUUUAUACCACCACACUGUACAUUUUAGCAACUUUUAGUCCAAUAUUCUCAUCCUGCAGC